AUGAAUAAAAGAACAUUGACAGGAGAUGUCUCUCAUUUUUCACAGGGAAAAUUCCAACAAUCGAUCCGCUGGAUCCUUCUAUCAUUGGUAGCAAUCCUAGGGUUGACCGUUUUCCACCAUUUCGAGUAUCUUUCCCUUGGACGGAAACCCAAAACCGAACUAAAUACCAUCAAAUAUAGUGGGGAACACAUUAAUUGGGAACCAUGCGGAGACCUGAAGGGCGACCCACUGGAAUGCAGCAGUAUCAAUGUCCCAAUCGACCAGUUCGCCCAGAACCCAGAUCCAAACCCCAAUCAGACCUUCGCUAUCCCGCUCAUGCGCCUGCGCGCCGCAAAAGCAACUCAGAAUCUUUUGGUAAACCCAGGUGGGCCUGGGGCGAGUGGUAUAGAUUUGCUUUACCGCCGAGGAUCGCAGCUCAGAGCCAUCGUUGGCGAGGGUUUCCAUCUACUUUCGUUCGACCCUCGGGGCGUGAAUAGCUCUAUUCCCGCUGCAUCAUGCUACCCGGAUGAUGAGACUCGCCGGAGGUUAUCGGGUUCAAGCAUCCUGAACCCCCUGCUGGAGGCUUCGACGAUCUAUGCCUGGGCCAAGAACUUUGCGCAGGCGUGCUCUGAUACAAUGGGCGAAUAUGCAUCCUAUAUCAACACCCCGCAGACAGCUGCCGAUAUGAAUAGUAUUCUCAAUGCAGUUGGUCAACGCGAUAUGAUAUAUUGGGGUUUCAGCUACGGCAGUCUCCUCGGGCAAACAUACGCAGGUCUAUUUCCCGAGCGGACGCAGCGCGUCAUCAUUGACGGUGUCGUCAAUCAGUUCAAAUGGUACGAUGGCAUCUACGAGAUCGAGUCUCAAGUCAACGUAGAGGAGGUGCUAGAUGGGUUUUUCGAGGAGUGUCUAAAAACGGACAACUACAGCUGUCCUCUUUUUGAUCUUACAGUGUCAAAGGAUCCAAGGGUACUAAGCCGCAUUGUACGCUCGUAUAUCGAUGAUCUGGGACCCAACCCACUCAAUGUGUAUCUCAAUAGCAGCGCGUACGGCAUUCUCAAUUUCGACCACGUGUGGAGGAAUGGCGUGUUGCCAGCGCUGUACAAUCCUGCUGGUUGGUCUUUUCUCGCUGACGUUCUAUGCCUCCUCAUUCGCGGGGACGCAACACGCGCUUUUCUGGCAUUUGGGACCAAUCACCCCCAAAGAGACGAGUCAAGCAAGUUCGUUACGCUGAAUGAUGGCCUCAGCGGGCCUGACCAUUGGCCACAGAGCUCCGCUGGGCUGAUACACUGGAUGCUCCCCUAUCUUCUCAAUUCUUCCUUAACACCCAGCGACAUAUCUCUUUAUUUCCUGAAACAGCAGUGGAAAUUGCCGCGCACGCAUUCGUAUGUGCCACGGCGAGGCGUGGAAACAGCACAUCCGUUGCUUAUUCUUUCUACUACGUAUGAUGCCAUCACGCCGCUUGUUUCGGCGGUUUCGGCAAAUGAAGCAUUUGACAGGUCGCAGAUUAUCGAGGUUGAGGGAUAUGGGCAUUCAUCUCUCGCUGUAGCAUCGGUUUGUGUGGUCAAGCACGUACGUGCAUUUUUGUACGAGGGAAUUAUGCCAAGUAACUAUACCAAGUGUGAGGUUGAUUCACCCUACUUCAUACGUAAAAAUAAGAAUGAUAAGGUGCCUACCCGGUUGCACUUUCAGGAUCCCGAGGAUCAGAUCAUUCAUGAUGCGCAGUUAGAAUUUGUGACGGGCUGGGAGGUUAUAUUGUGA